AUGGUUAAAGAGUUUUAUGGCUCUAAGGGCUUGGGAUUAGAGAAGCUAUUAUCGAUUCAUGAGUCGGCGUACUACGAGUGCCAUUACGCUCCCUGUGCUCGGAUAGAGCGCGAGCCCCGGCAGUUCUCCAUAUGCGGCCGGUGCCAGGAGACCAGGUAUUGCGGCACUCAGUGCCAGCAACGGGACUGGCCCUACCAUAAGAAGUAUUGCCGCGAACGGCCGCACCGGGACGUCGCCCAACAACAGCCUCUGCUACCGCACCGGACGUACGGACUGCCCGACAGAUAA